UUCCCAACAAAAUUUUUUUCAACUAGUGAAAAUUCGUCAUUUAUUGUGAAAAGUUUUUCCAUUUUCAAGUUUUUUUAAAUUAAAAUUUUUUAAGUCAAUUUUGAAACGUUUAGCAAUUCUUACCAAGUUUACUCUAGUUGUUGUGUGCUGUAGAACUUAUUAUACAAUAAAGAUCUAGAAAAUGGCAUUUCGAAAAUUUGGCGUGACAGCUCUCGGAACAUUAGUUGGCGGUUCGUUUGCAACAUAUGCACUCCGUCAAAAUGAUGAUAUGGUUGCGAGAGUACAACUUGAAGAAAAAGUAAUUAAACGAGCUCGACAAUUACCACCAAGAUCAGAGCAAAUUACAGCUAUGCAAUCAGGAGAGGAAUAUGACGUGUUGAUUAUUGGAGGUGGUGCUACUGGCGCUGGUGUAGCAUUAGAUUCAUGUACUCGUGGAUUGAAAACUGCUUUAGUUGAAGCUAAUGACUUUGCUAGUGGUACAUCCUCAAGAUCAACAAAAUUGAUUCAUGGUGGUGUCCGAUACUUACAGAAAGCUAUUUUAGGACUUGAUAUCGAACAAUAUAAUAUGGUAAAAGAAGCUCUUGCUGAGCGCGCAAAUAUGCUUCAAUCUGCCCCUCAUCUUACUCAUCCCCUGCCUAUUAUGUUGCCAGUUUAUACAUGGUGGCAAGUUCCAUAUUUCUGGGUCGGUAUCAAGGCAUACGAUCUUGUCGCCGGUGACAGAAAUGUCAAGUCAAGCUAUUAUCUUUCAAAGCAAGAUGCCCUCGAGAAAUUCCCCAUGCUUAAGAGUGACAAGCUCUGUGGUGCUAUCGUCUACUAUGAUGGUCAACAAGAUGAUGCCAGAAUGUGUAUCUCUGUUGCCUUGACUGCUGCUCGUUAUGGCGCUUCUGUCGCAAAUCAUGUUGAAGUUAUGGAAUUGCUAAAGAAGAAGGAUGCAAGUGGAAAUGAAGUCUUGUGUGGUGCAAAAGUAAGAGAUAAUUUGACCAAGAAAGAAUGGACAAUUAAGGCAAAAUGUGUCAUUAAUGCUUGUGGUCCAUUUACUGACAGUAUCAGAAAGAUGGAUGAUCCAACAGUCAAAACAAUUUGUUGUCCAAGUUCUGGUGUUCAUAUUGUAUUGCCAGGAUAUUACAGCCCACAACAAAUGGGUCUUCUUGAUCCAGCAACUAGUGAUGGUCGUGUCAUUUUCUUCCUUCCAUGGUUAAAAGGAACAAUUGCUGGAACAACUGAUUCACCAUGUGAAGUCACUCGUAGUCCAGCACCAACUGAAGAAGAUAUUUCAUUCAUCUUAAGUGAAAUCAAGCAUUACUUGAACAAGGAUGUUGAUGUUCGUCGUGGUGAUGUUUUGAGUGCAUGGUGCGGUAUCCGUCCACUUGUAUCUGAUCCAAAUAAGGAUGAUACUCAAUCACUCGCUCGUAAUCACAUUGUUCAUGUCAGCAAGUCAAAACUUGUUACAAUUGCUGGUGGAAAAUGGACAACAUAUCGUGCUAUGGCUGAACAUACAAUGGAUGCUGCAAUUAAGGCAUGUGGCUUGAAGCCACAUCGUCCAUGUGUUACUGAUAGGAUUCAAAUUGAAGGUAGCCACGGAUGGACUCCAACAAUGUAUAUCAGAUUAGUACAAGAUUUUGGAUUGGAAACUGAAGUCGCACAACAUUUGGCCCAAGCAUACGGUGAUCGUGCAUAUCCAGUUGCUAAAUUAGCUGCUUUGACUGGUAAGAGAUGGCCAAUUAUUGGUAAAAGAAUCCAUCCAGAAUUCCCAUACAUUGAUGCUGAAAUCAGAUAUGGUGUUCGUGAAUAUGCAUGCUCAGCUAUUGAUAUGGUCGCACGUCGUCUUCGCUUAGCCUUCCUUAACGUUCAAGCUGCACAAGAAGCCCUUCCAAUGAUUGUCGAUAUUAUGGGUGAGGAAUUGAAAUGGUCAAAGGAUGAAAAAGAACGUCAAAUGAAAAUGGCAACAGACUUCUUAAAUGUCGAAAUGGGUGCUCUUGUCAAUAAGAGAACACAAGAAACUGUUCCAGUCAACUUGUUACCAGAAGAAGUCACAAAAUACAGAAAACGCUUCGAUAUGAUUGAUGUUGAGAAGAAGGGAUAUGUCUCAAUUAACGAUAUUCGUAGAGCUUUGAAGAGCUUCGGAGAUGCAGAUAUCACUGGAGAGGAACUUCAUGACAUUCUCAAGGAAAUUGAUACCAACAUGAAUGGUCAAGUUGAACUUGAUGAAUAUCUCCAGAUGAUGUCAGCCAUUAAAUCUGGCGCUGUAGCUUACUCGAGAUUCGCCCGUGUCGCUGAAUUAGAAGAAGCUAAGCAAAAUGAACUGAAAAUUAAGCAUAAAAUCUCAGUAGAUAGGUCUGGCGGCGGUUUGUAAUCCUUUUCAUUUCAUAAAUUAAACUUUUUAUAUCUCUACUACUAUUCAUUGUCCUGCUAUCUCUCUAUCUCACAAAUUUGAGACACACUACCUGAUUAUAUUAUUGACAAUUGAUAUUGACUGAUUGAAAAUCGCAUUAAGCGAUAAUUUUAAUUGCAAAAUGAAAAAGACAUGAAAUUAUUUACAAAUGAUACUCAUACAGGGUAAUUAAGUAUGAUGCGAUUGGAACUAAGUGUAUUAAAAUUUUAUACAAAUUGGCAACUUUACAAAAAUAAAUUGGGUUUGAAAAAAUCUGAAAAAUUUUUAUUUGCACGAAAUAACUCACAUGUCGCAUGCCUUGCAUCUCCUGUC